UCACAAGAUCGCGGAGCGUCAUAGCUCCAAUUGACCGAUCACAGCUUCCCAAUAAUAACUCGAAUCCUACGCGGAAGUCGUGCUUCCAGUAACCAGAAUCUUGGGUCCAACAUCAAAGUUUAUUUUAACAGCAACUCUUGAACAUCUUUCUUCUCUGAGUUUUUACCGUUGUUUUUUCUGAACAUUAUGAAUUGUCAGCGGUUCCUUUGGCGGGCGGCGACGAAGACAGCAGGAUGUGGUACUCGUCGCUUCUCACAGUUCCUCCCUCUGAAUCCUAUCCAAGCUCCUCAUGGAGCUAUUCCCUUGCCAUUUAUCACAGAAGUUACUUCCGGUGGUUGGAGGACAUACGAUAUCUUCUCUAAGUUGUUACAGGAACGAAUAAUAUGCCUCAAUGGGGCUAUUGACGACAUGGUAUCGGCUUCGGUAGUGGCUCAACUACUCUGGUUAGAAUCCGACAAUCCGGAUAAGCCAAUUACCAUGUAUAUCCACUCUCCUGGAGGCUCCGUAACGGCUGGGUUAUCUAUCUACGAUACUAUGGCUUACAUCCGUUCGCCGGUAUCGACGGUAUGCCUUGGCCAAGCUGCUUCUAUGGGCUCGUUGCUGCUCGCGGGAGGCGAAAAGGGAAAACGAUUUGCCCUACCGCACAGCAGUAUUAUGAUCCACCAACCUUUAGGCGGGACACAGGGUCCCGCAAGCGACAUUUUGAUUUAUGCGAAUCAGAUACAACGCACGCGCGAACAGGUCAACGAGAUUUACCGGAAGCAUCUAAAUGCGGCAUUUGAUCACGAGAAGUACAGCCUUAAAGAUGUAGAGGAUAUGAUGGAGCGCGACAAGUACCUUACGGCGCAAGAAGCGAAAGACAUGGGCAUCGUAGACGAGAUUCUCACGAGAAGAGAUGACAAAAAGGCCGAGAAAAAAGAGGAUAAUAGUAACGGCACAUAAGCAGAGACCCACUCAACUCGAGUCCCGCUAUGAUUGAUCAAUAAUUACUACUAUGUAUGUAGAUUAGGUUAUUAUCAUUCUCUAGCUAUUGCUAGCGAGUACGAACUCGGAACCCUCGUUAGGACUAUGUACAUACCUAGGUACCUAGGGAACCCCUGGCAUUUCUUUUUUGACAUGUCGGCAAUUCUAAACUGCUUGGUGUCACCCUACCGGAGGAGUAAGGAAGACUAACCGCCACAAUUACUUAAGCGGGUUCGCAGAUGGACAUGGCGCCAUGUAAUUCAUAUUAGGUACUAAGGGAAAUGAAUGGAUGUGCUAGGUAAUCUCAUCUAGAUGUAGGUACCUGAUCUUGGGAACAUCCUGACCACGUGGCCCACUUUCAGACAUGUAAUGCUGCACAACCGCACCGCAACCAUACCUAUACAUAAUGCAC